AUGUCACAACUUGAAGACCAUGCACAAGCUUCUGACCGUCUUGACCGUUAUAGGAUUCGUCAAGAAGCAGCUAAAGGUUUUGAUGAUGAUCUUGAGUUUUGUCCUUCUUUGUCACCGGAAGAGUGA